AUGGAUCCGUGGGUGUUUUUUGAAAUUGGUUUCGCAAAAGGAGCACCAAUGGAACGGUAUAUUCCUUUUUUAUUAUCCGCUAGGAUAGAAGCACAACUGAAUCGGAAGACCAGUCCGAUACUUGUUGAAAACUUUCUCGCGCUAUGCAAAGGUGAAGGACCACGCUUUGAACUUGGUAUCAUACCGUCCUUCGAAGGUGCUCCGUUUUACACCGUAGACAAGAAACGAGGAAUUAUCACUACUGGUGAUUACACUCAUAGGAAUGGAUGUGGAGGUUUUGCUGCGAACAAGAACAAAAUUGUACAGGACGUCGAGGUUAAAUGCGGACCAGCAAGCGCUGGUUCAAUCGUAAUGUUGCCAACGGAAACUGACCCAACCGUCUAUACUUCGAUAUUUUGUAUCUUGACUCAUGAUGUUCCUUAUAUCGAGGGAAAAGUUAUCGGAAAGGUAACUAAAGGACUCGACACGUUGCAAUUUAUUGUAUGGAAGUACGGUACCGUGAGUGGUGUACCCAAGGAAUAUGUUCGGAUUCAGAGAUGCGGUCAAAUAUAA